GGCGGCGACGGGCUCGGCGCCCAGGCCCAGGAAAGAUGUGAUAAAGAAAAUACGGAGAAAGAGAUAAGUCCAGCUACCAAUAGUUGCUUCACAAAUGGAGAGAUGCAGGACCAGUCCAUUUGGGGACAUCGUUCUGAUAGUGAACUCGUCAGAACCCAACCUCAGCGCUUGCCUCAGCUUCAAACUUCAGCACAGGAACCGAGUGAGGAGGAAACAGGCCAAAUGAAGAAUGGCCACCGGAGCCUGAGCAACGGGAACGGGAUUCACCAUGGAGUCCGACAGGGGUGUGCAGACAGUCAAAAACUUUCCGCACCUGUUUCUCAAAAAAUGCACAGAAAAAUUCAAUCCAGCUUGUCCGUAAGCAAUGAUAUCAGCAAGAAGAGUAAAGUGAAUGCUGUCUUCUCCCAGAAGACGGGCUCUUCCCCUGAAGACUGCUGUGUCCACUGCAUCCUGGCGUGCUUGUUCUGUGAAUUCCUGACCCUGUGCAACAUCGUGCUGGGCCAGGCGGCGUGUGGCGUCUGCUCUUCGGAGGCCUGCUGCUGCUGCUGCAGAGACGAGAUGGGGGAGGACUGUAACUGCCCUUGUGACGUGGACUGUGGCAUCAUGGAUGCCUGUUGUGAAUCCUCAGACUGUCUGGAAAUCUGCAUGGAAUGCUGUGGAAUUUGUUUUCCUUCAUAAAUAUUUGCCAUUGGUUUUGUGUUAAGACUGGAGCGUGUUUUCAACUUUCUCUUUUAAGGGAAAAAACAAUAGGACAUGGUAAGAUUCUCAUGAAGCAACCCAGCAUUUGCACUGUUGACUCACAAUUUUAAGUAAUCUCUGAACGCCUUAUUCUCUCACUGAAUCUGCAUGAUUUAAUAUGUGAAAUGUAAACUACUUGUUGAUUCUGACCAGACUACUCACUGUCAUAUGGUCCGUGUAGCAGCUCUGUAAGACAGCCAGACUGUCAUUUUUGGAUUCCAAGACUAAAUAUGCGUAAGAGAGCAGAAAGCCUCAUCUUCCUCCUGAGUUGCAGCCGAUAAUUUUGAACUGCCAACCUUCUAUCUGCAGGCCAACAUCUCUUCCACUAUUCUACCAAAGCCUAUAGAGGGUGGCAGCUAUGAGUCAGAAAUGACAUGGUGACAGUGAGAGAUGAGAGUACAUUGACUGCCCCACUUCCCCCAAAGUUAAAUGUGUCUCCUCCUUUGUUAUCAGUAUUUCUGGUUCUUCUAACUACUCUCAAAAGCCCUUUGCUCAAAAUGCAUUAUUUCUCAGUGAAUAUUUAAACCAAACAGUUGGUUUGGUGUUUAUAUAUUAAUGGUUACAAACACGCAUUUUUUUUUAAGAGCAAAGUUUGGGACGAAGCACACACAGUGGGUGGGAACCCCGUGCUGGUCUCCCUCUGUCCUUCCUAGAUUGCGCGUUUGCCCAUAGACAGAGGGCCUCAGUCCCCACUCACUGCUGCCGGGUCCAUGUCCUCUCACGGUCGUGUGGACAUCACACCGGCGAUGCUGAGGGGUUGUUCAGGACAGAGGUUUAGGUGAACAGUCUGAGCCCUACACCAGUUAAAAGAAACAUGUCUUAAAAUUAACCUCUUUUUUUUUUUUAUUUAGUUGCAAGACAAUAAGGGUUUUUUUUAACUCUAAAGUUUAAAACUAGAAAUUGUAUUUUUGAACAAAUAUUUGAAGUGUUAUGAUAGUUAUUGAUGAAAUCAUGACAUUAAAAUACCUAACUCUUGAAUGAAAAUUUGCAUUUAAAUAAGUUUGGUUUUUGUUUAAAAUUUUUAUGAUUUUGAUGUUGCCUUUAUUAUUUUUUUUCUUUUGUUGCCAAUCCCCCUUUUUCUUUUUGGUUGUUGCUCUGUCCUUGCUUGGUUUUUUUACGUUAUUCUCUGUCCGCACUGUUAAAGUUAAAUGCGAACCAUUCCGUCCUGAGCAGUAGAAAUCUGCCCUCUACUGCUUGGACCAGGAGCCAGUUUGACAAUGUUAAGUUAAUUAAGCCCAUAUGGCAAGUUGUAAACUGUUUGCAUGUAAACAAAUCAAUCCAUUUAUGACAGAGGAUAUCGUUCUUGAAAUGUAUGGAGGGCUUGUGUGGUUCCCAUAAAAGGGAACCAAUUUUCAUACCGUGGGUUCUCUUACUGAGUUAGAGCUCUUGGAUAAAUUUCCUUAUGGAAGUCUUGAUACUAUGCUUUGAGGUUGAUAGUUAUUAUGAAUAUACAAUUGAUAGGAAACAUUUUCAAAAGGAAAGAAAGCCCGCUUUCCAGACGCUUUUAGCGUUUAACCUCUUAUGAGAAGAGGUUUUAGACCUAGAUCAUGAGAACUCCACCUGUGGUUCCUAGUUUGAGAGGAAUCCGAGUGUUCACUCACAUUACUUAGAAGGCUUAAAAAAAAACUAGACAAAACAGUUGAAUUCUCUUUUGACUGUCACAUACACACAGAAAGGACCACAAAACAAGUGGCUUUAAGUUAUUUAGUUUAAAUUGAACGUGUAGUACAGAAUUGUCUUUUUCUUCUUCUAAAGGUGUCCUACUUAUGUUGCUUCAAUUAUAAAGAAAGCUUUGUACUAUUUCAUAGUAACUAGAAUCUAAAUAUUUGUAUAUAUCCAAAUCUAACUUAUGCUUAUGUACUAGGAUAUAAGAUUACCAUCUGUUAGGCAUAAAAAAGCCUUCUAAUGACCUGGAAUUGCUAGACUAUUGCACUCUUUGUCCUAGAAAAUGUCUCAAGGUAGUGGUUUGUCUGAUACUUAAAUUGUGAAAAUAUUAGCACUUUUGAAAUUAUGUUUCUCAGUAAUAGAGAACAUUUGUGGGCAGUGGAAUUUUAUUUUCAUAUUUAUAUUCACAGUACUUUUCUUCUAAUGUGUACUCCGGGCAAUCAUUUCAUAAAGCAAAUUGCAUAAUUAAAAAAAUAAAACUAGGCAAAUGUGAAAAUAGUUUCAAUGUAUUUUAGAACUUCUGUUUAAAAAAAAUGUUUUGUUGACUUAUAAGGCCAUCCUGACUAAGUGCUGUAGUUUACAGUUGCAGAUUUGAUCUCUUAUUAAGUGUGGAAACUUAAAAGCAUUUUAAACUGGGCCUGUAUGAUUCUGAAUACACUAUUUUUAAGUUAAAAAAAGCCUUCUUUAUUGUGCCUUAGCAUACAUGUGUAUUUAAUUGAAAUAUAAACUCCUUUGUACUUGGUAAGUUCAACUGCAAGAUAACGCCAGAGACUUUUGAGGGCUUCCUAUUCUCCUGUGCAAAUCACAUGACUCAUGCCCACAAAUAAACUUUGAAAGACGCAGAUCAACUUAGAAUAUAAAUUGUAGAUGAAGUAUGAUCUCAGCACACAGUGCCCUUUCAAAAAUUCACAGUGGAUGAAAACACAAUCUUGUACAUAUUUUAAGUAAUUUAUUUUCAUCAUUGACUUUAAACUUGCCUCUCAGUUCAUUUUUUUUUACAAAUACUGAGAUUGGACAAGAAGUUAAAACUGUUCAUUUAUCUGCGAUUGCAUCAUAGUCUUCAUGCAGUGUACGCAAAAGUAAAGCACUAGAAAUAUUUCCAUCCAGAGCCUUUGGGGCAGCAAUUUUUUAAGUGGUAAAAAAUGUUUAUAGCUCGUAUUUAACUGAACCAUUACAGUAUGAUUUUGUUAUACAAGUCUUUUUAUUUCAUGAAAGAACCAUUUUUACAAUCUUGCAGUGGAGUGUAGCAACUGUUUUCAUUUUUCUCACCUGAAGAAGUCAGUUCAAGAAGUAACCAAGGCAACCUUAUGUUGUAACUUUCCAUUCUUCAGCCAUACAAACUCGAUCAGUGCCCUAGACUCCAAUGUUACAAGCGUCAAAUGUCACUGCCUAACAUAAAUAAGACUUGAGUCAAGUCUUAUUUAUGGCUUGUUUUCUUAAAUUCUAGUUUAAAGCCGUAAGAUUUACCCAACUGCCUAAUGAAUGUUUAUUUAUUAAUAAGAUUAUUUUUCAUAUAAUUCAAGACCUUUAUGCCCCUGUGAUUUGUAGGCCUAUCGGAUUGUUGCAUCUAAUCUGACAGGCAAGGUGAAAUGUUAUAAAAGAUUGUGAUACCCA